CUGGAGCAAGAGAAACUAAGGAAGCUGACAGGCAGUGCUGAAGCCUGGGCUGAUUGUGAAUGCAAGGAGAUGAAUGGCUGCCAAAAGAGGUAGCAGAAAGAGAAGGAUGACAGAUGCAGAUUUGGCAAGAGGUUGAAGUGAACACAUGCACAUUGCUGCAGAAAUGUGAACUGAAUUUCAGAUUGGAAAAAUGAGAAACGGAGAGAACCAAAACUGACUGAUCCUUCCCUAUCUACACCCAGGUGAUAACUGCACCCGCCUCUGAGACAAUGGAGAAUACAAAUAACGUAACAGAAUUCAUCCUCUUGGGGCUAUCCCAAAAUGAGCAGGUCCAACAAGCUUGCUUCCUCUUGUUUCUGCUCAUCUAUUUAGUGAUUGUCCUGGGGAACCUUCUGAUCAUGGUCACUGUGAAGUCCAGCCAGCGCCUCCAUACACCCAUGUACUACUUCCUAUCUGUCCUCUCCUUUGUGGACAUCUGCUACGCUUCUGCCACAGUGCCGAAGCUGAUUGCAGAUUUGCUUGCUGAGAAGAAAUCCAUUUCAUUUCAAGGCUGCAUCACACAGCUCUUUUCCGUACACAUUUUUGGCUGCACUGAGAUCCUUAUCCUGACGGUGAUGGCUUAUGACCGCUAUGUGGCUAUCUGCAAGCCCCUGCACUACACAGCCAUCAUGAGCAGACAAGUGUGCCAUCAGCUGAUGAUAGCCACGUGGCUGGGAGGGCUUGUACAUUCAAUGGUCCAGACAAUCCUCACCAUAAAGCUGCCUUUCUGUGGGCCCAAUGAGAUUGACCACUAUUUCUGUGAUGUCUACCCUUUGCUGAAGCUGGCCUGCAGUGACACCCGCAUCGUUGGAGCUUUGGUUGUUGCCAACACUGGGAUGAUUGCUUUGGGGUGUUUCCUGGUACUGGUUGUGUCCUAUGCUGUCAUCUUAAUCACCCUCCGCACACAGUCCUCUGAGGGGAGACGCAAAGCACUCUCCACCUGUGCUUCCCACAUCACUGUUGUGCUCCUUUUGUUUGGUCCCUGCCUUUUCAUCUACGUCCGCCCUUCCACUACUUUAGCAGUGGAUAAAGUGUUUUCUCUGUUUUACACAAUCCUCACCCCCAUGUUGAACCCUAUCAUUUACACACUGAGGAAUGCUGAGAUGAAAAAUGCCAUGAAAAAGUUGUGGAGCAGGACAAAGAGGCUUGGGGAGCCAAAAUAAGUUGGGUUAGUUCUUAUAAAUGACAGGUGAAGUCAGAUUCUCAUGCCCUUAGACCAUUUGGUAACAUUUGGCCUUUGAACAUUCAAUGGUCCAGCAAAGUCAGCAGAUAGUCAGCAAACACCAAACCUGUCCAUAGUGUUAUAAUAUUCUUUAAGAAGGGAUCAUUCAGAAACGCCCCCCCUUAAAUCCUUUCCUCAAAAUUCAGAUAAUAUCAACAGAGAACUGAUAUUAACAGAAAACACAUUACAGACUCUUAUGCAAAUCUAAGGGAUGUGUUCCUGAAGCCUAUCUCCAAUGUAAUAGAAGGGUGCUGAGAUAUUUUGUUGGGAGCAUCAAAAAUAAAGAGUUAAAGUCUCCCUUUCCAUGCACCCCUGGUUCCAGGCCUCAUCAGACGUCCUGUCAGCUGCUAUUUACAUAACAGAAAUAUGUGAAUCGUAUUCAUAUGCCCUGAUUCACAGAGCCACUCUCCAACUCCAGGAGGGCAACAGGAACAGUGACAGGGGCAGGGCGGAGCUAGCACACUCAUCUCUUGUGUGAUUAUUGCUCUACACACUGAAAGGGGCUACAGAUAACUGGGGCUGCAAUCCAAUACAUGUCUCUCAGGUAAGUGUGUAUUGGAUUGUAGCCUUGGCCAGUACACAUGUAUCAAUAUACACCGUUUGCAUGCAUAUGUGCAGAUAUUGCCCCAGUCAGCUAGGGGAGAAGUGUCACAUUCCCCUCUGCUUUGGAGAGUAUCGUAUCCCUAAUAUUUAGAUAACCAGUAAUGUAGUGGCAAAUUCAGAAGUGCAGGGUCCCUUCAUGAUAGUCACAGCCACCCCCCCCCAUUUUUGCUGCUGGGUUGAGAAUGAGAGUUUUGCUAAUGCCUUCUCCCAUGUCCCUAGGAGCCAAUAAGCAUGAAAAGAGAGAGUGUUAGCUACUGAGAAGAGUAUUCUCAAUGGCUGACUUGCCUCCUGUCACUCUAAUUGGCUCCAAUCAGCAGGAAAGGACAAGGAAGCAAGUUAGAAGACUCUUCUCAGUGGAAACACACUCCCCUUUACAUGCUUAUUGGCUCCUAGGGCUCUGAUAAAGCAACUACCAUUCAAGCGGCCAAAUUUUUGAACCUAGCCAUGGAGGUC